AGCUGAAAAUGAAGGGAUUCGUAGUGUUUGCGAUGGCGAUUGCCCUGGUGGCGAGUGCUGCCGUCGAGAAGAAGGACGCCGAGACAGCCGCCGUCCCUGCCGAGGGUGACAAGAAGCAGGAAAAGCGUGGCCUGUGGGAUCUUGGCUACGGGUACGAAUCGCACGGCUGGGAUUCGCCCAAGCACGGUUGGGAGGAACCGCAUGUAACCACCAUCACCAAGAAGGUUCACGUUCCGUACCCGGUCGAGGUGGAGAAGCACGUCCCGUACCCGGUGAAGGUACCGUACCCGGUUACCGUCGAGAAGCACGUCCCGGUUGUGGUCGAAAAGAAGGUUCCGGUGUACGUCGAGAAGCAUGUCCCGGUUCAUGUUGACCGUCCAGUCCCUUACCCAGUGAAGGUCCCGGUCAAGGUUGUGCAUAAGGAGUACGUCGAAGUGCCGAAGCCCUACCCAGUGCACGUUGAGAAGCACGUCCCGGUGGUCGUGAAGAAGCCAGUGUACGUCGAGAAGCAUGUCCCGGUUGUCGUCAAGUCGCACGGAUGGGAACCUCAUUCCCACUCGUACUCUGAGUUCCACUCGUGGUAA